CCCCCGCGCCCGGGCCCUCCUGUAGCCCCGCUCCCGGCUCCUGGGACUACCACUCCCAGCAGCCCCCGCGCCCGGGCCCUCCCGGAAGCAGCGUGCCCUGCGCCGGGGCUUCCUCACGUGGGUCGCGUUCCGGGACCCCGGCAUGAGCCGCUACGUGCUGCCGCUGUCGGUGCUGGGCACGGCGGUGGGCGGCGCCGCGCUGCUCAAGGACUAUGUGGCUGGCGGAGCGUGCCCCAGCAAGGCCACCAUCCCCGGGAAGACGGUGAUCGUGACGGGCGCCAACACUGGCAUCGGGAAGCAGACGGCCCUGGAGCUGGCCAGAAGAGGAGGCAGGGUCAUCCUGGCAUGUCGGGACAAGGACAAGUGUGAGGCAGCGGCCAAGGACAUCCGUGGGGAGACCCUCAACCACCGCGUCAGCGCCCGCCACCUGGACCUGGCUUCCCUCAAGUCUGUCCGCGAGUUUGCUGCGAGGGUCGUGGAAGAGGAGGAGCGAGUGGACAUUCUCAUCAACAACGCUGCUGUGAUGCGCUGCCCACACUGGACCACUGAGGAUGGCUUUGAGAUGCAGUUUGGGGUCAACCACCUGGGUCACUUCCUCCUGACCAAUUUGCUGCUGGACAAGCUGAAGGCCUCGGCCCCCUCGCGGAUCAUCAACCUCUCAUCCCUGGCCCAUGUGGCUGGCCACAUUGACUUUGAUGACCUGAACUGGCAGGCACGGAGGUAUGACACCAAAGCUGCCUACUGUCAGAGCAAGCUGGCUGUGGUCCUCUUCACCAAGGAAUUGAGCCGCCGGCUGCAAGGCACAGGUGUGACCGCCAACGCCCUGCAUCCUGGCGUGGCCCGGACAGAGCUGGGCCGACACACAGGCAUGCACAGCUCCGCCUUCUCCAGCCUCACACUCGGGCCCAUCUUCUGGCUGCUGGUCAAGAGCCCCCAGCUGGCGGCCCAACCCAGCACGUACCUAGCGGUGGCGGAGGAACUCGAGGGAGUUUCUGGAAAGUACUUCGAUGGACUUCGAGAGAAGGCUGCAGCCCCGGAGGCGGAGGAUGAGGAGGUGGCCCGGAGGCUCUGGGCUGAGAGUGCUCGUCUGGUGGGCUUGGAGGCACCUGGUGAAUCCUUGGUGAGGGGACAGUCCACCACCAAGUAACCCCUGGAGCAGAAGUGAAAGCCACCAGGGCGUCCAGGGUGGAGAUGUCCACUGGGACUGCUGCUGGCCGGGCACCACUCCUCCACCAGGGGGCAGAGCCAACCACAGGCGCCCCGUGAGACCAGGGGUGCUGGC